CUCGGCCCCCUCAAAACGGCGCCGGCAUGCAGAUCACUCGCUGCUACUUCUGCUCGUCGCCAUGCUAUCCGGGGCAUGGCAUCAUGUUUGUGCGCAACGACAGCAAGACGUUCCGCUUCUGCAAGUCGAAAUGCCACAAGAACUUCAAGAUGAAGCGUAACCCGAGAAAGGUCCGAUGGACAAAGGCCUUCAGAAAGGCAGCGGGCAAGGAGAUGACCCUCGACUCUACUCUCGAAUUUGAGAAGCGCCGCAACGUGCCAGUCAGGUACGACCGAGAGCUGGUACGAAAGACAAUUGAGGCCAUGGCUCGCAUUCAAGAGAUCAAGACGAGGAGGGAAGCGGCAUUCUACAAGGCAAGGAUGCUCAAGGCAUCUGGCGGCAAGGUGGCCCAGAAGCAGAGGGACAGGCUGGCCGUUCACAAGAAUGCUCAUCUCAAGGCAGCAUUGGGCAAGGAGAAGGAGAGGGCCAUGGCUCGCGAGGGCAGAGUGCAGGAGAGGAGGGAGAGGAUCAGGGUCAGGGAUGCACAGAGCGCAAAGAAGUCGAACCUCGUACCGGGAGAGGGUACUUCAAUGUGCGUCUGCGCGCUCCAAAAACAGCGAUCGAGAUCAUGAAGAGUGAACUGACCCUUCCAUUCGUCUCUCCCUUGUGCUCGCAGGGGCAUGGAUAUGUGAGCACAGCUGCUACUAGUCCUCUAUUCCCGCCACUUGGCCAGGCUGGGGCCCUAUCAAGUGGUAGCGUCUGGACCCUCCGGCCACCCCUAUUCAUG